AGCGGUUGCCCUGACCGCCGGCAUCGAUGGCAGCUCGCUCUGGGCGCGCUCACGGGAGAGUCCCGGGCCCUGCCCGCUCAGGGCUUUGCCCCGCUGUCUAGUCCCGGGCUUCGGCCUGAAGAAGGGUCGGGAUUUUCAGGUCCAGCCUCCCGCGCCGCUUAGCGCCGGGCUCUGACUUGGAGCCCGCCGGAACGAGGCCGGCGCUCCUUUCUUCCCCUCCGCCACCGGGUUGGAGGCCACACCGCCCUCCGAGACCCGCCCAGCCCUGCUCUUUUUGGCCCAAGUUCGUCUCGCUCAGCCUUGAAUGCCGGUGGAGCUGCGGAGGCCGGUGGUAACCCCAGCAUCCGAGUAACCCAAAUAAGAGAUGCUGAAGAAAUGUUUCAAGAAGGCUUGUCCAGACAAGCACUGAGCAGCCCCAGUGAACAGACUGCAUGCUUACUGUCAGAGAGGAGUUUGCUAGUGGAGGUGCUGGAACUCGUGGACUCCAAGUCAGAGUCCCAAAGACAUAUGAGCAGUAACCUACAAAAAGAAUUUUCCCAGCACCAUAAUGAAGACCUAGGUAAAGACAAAGCACCUCAAAACUGCCUAGAGAGGGAAAUGGAACAAGUGGCAGAGAGGCUGGGGGUGGCCCUGGAAGAGAACGCCGGGCUCACUGAUGAACCGCAAGGGAGGGAGAGAGAGCAGAAUUAUGCACUCAAGAAGGCUCAACUAGAAAUUGAGAAAUUGAAAGACAAUCUGAUAAAAUUGAAAGGAAGUGAUGCAGCUGAGCUACAGAAAGCAAAAGAUCAUAACCAGAGACUGGAUGAGGAGAUCCUGGCUUUGAGAAAUCGGCUUCGAUCGCUUGACUGUGAAAAAAAAGUGCUUGGAGAAAUGUAUCUGUCAUCUGGAGAAAAACUAAAACAGCAGCCUCAAGAGGAAGUACAGCAGUUGCGCCAGAAUUUGCACCGCCUCCAAGUUCUCUGCAACUCAGCUGAAAAAGAGCUGCAGUACGAGCGAGGGAAGAACUUGGACUUGAAGCAGCACAAUAGCCUACUUCAGGAGGAGAAUGUCAAGAUCAAAAUUGAACUCAAGCAGGCACGGGAGAAAUUACUAGACAGUGCAAGGGUGCACUCAUCACUCAUGGCGGAGUGGAAGCACUGUCAGCAGAAAGUCAAGGAGCUGGAGCUGGAAGGACUUAAGCAGGCUCAGAGCCUUAAAUCACAGCACAACCUGCAGGGAAAGCUGGCUCAAGAGAAGUCAAAAGUUGCCCGUGCCAAGGAAAAGAUCUUAGACCUGCAGCAGAAAUUAGAGCAUGCUCAUCAAGUCUGCCACUCAGACGCUUGUAUGGUACACAAGAGGCAACUAGAGGAGAAGAUCAUAGAAGCCAAGGGCAGUGAAGCCAGGCUGCAGCAGCAGUGUGAGGAAGAGCUGCAGAAGAGGACGCUCCUAAGUCAGGAUGUAAAUGAGCUCCAAAGGCAAGUGAGAGCCUUCCAGGAUAAGGAGAGUCAGUGGGAAGUGACCAGUUCCCAACAGCAGGAGGCUCUACUUAAACAACUGGAGAACGAGAGAAGGAAAUGUGAGGAGCACAUCAAGAGCAACCAGGAGUUGUCAGAGAAGCUGUCUGGGCUACAACAAGAGAAAGAAGCUCUGUGGCAGGAACGUGAGCGAUUUUUGGAGCACCUCGAUGAACAUGUGAGAAACUGCAAAGACAAACACCACUACCACAAAGCCAAGCUUCAAAGGGUCAAGGACCGGUUUGUUCAUAAAUUAGAAAUACGAAAUAAGAGGAUUAAAGAACUUGAAGAUGAAACUGGAAAACUGCAACAAAAAAUUGAAAUGGAGAAGGCGUUCCAGGGCCAGGUCAUGGCCCAAAAUGACAUUCUGCUCCAGGAGAAAAGGACACUUCUGGAGCAAGUCACAAACCAGGAAGAACUCAUCUGCAGUAACAAGUCCACACUCUCUUCCAUCCAGAGCAAAAAUCAGAACAAGAUCAGUGUGAGACCAGAAUCAGGCCCAAGAUGGGUAUCCAUCAUGUUUGAAGGGAUACAGUCUCCUGCUUCAAUACCGUCCCUAAGUGGGAUCACAGUCUUCCUUAACCUUCUCAAGGCCAGCCAUGAUGCCUCUCAAGCUCUUGCUUAUGUAGUUAGUCGCCAGGAAACAACAAUUAACAACAGUGCUACAUUGGAGAUGUUAAAAAAGAUGAUCCCUUUACAAAACUCCAGUUUCUCAGGAACAGGUUUGGUAGAAUCUGUUGAAACUCUUCAAGAGACUGAGCUACAUGGAGCAGGAGCAACAGCAAUCCCCAAGUCCCCUGAAUCUCUUUCAUGUUCACAGAAUUCAGAAUGUGGAUAUAUACAUGUGAAUUCCCUGACAGAGACACACAACAUACAAGAAGACCAAAGGCCAGAGCUCUGAAACCACUGUGUCUAAAACUGUAGUGACCAACCUACUAACUCCGACAUGGACAUGGGUGGGGUACUGGACAACAAGGAGGGGUCUUCAAGG